GAUGUCUUUAAAACUAAAUUAUAUCUCUGGCAAUCCUAGAGCAAAUAAAAUCCUUGUUGCUGCUUAACUAGCCAAUGUUGAUGUUACUUCCCAACUCUUAGAAUGGAAAGAUUUGGAAGUAUACAAUACUUUUUAUUCAUCUUAGACCCCAGAAUUCUUAGCAAAGAAUCCAUUAGGCAAAGUCCCUGUCUUAGAGACCCCAGAAGGAGUAUUGACUGAAAGCAAUGCUAUCCUUUAAUAUGUAGUCAGAGGAACUCCUUUGGUUGGAGCUAAUGAAUUCCAAUAAGCCAAAGUCAAAUAAUGGUUAGACUUUGCAUCAGGAGAAAUCGAACCAUCAUUGAUUUAACUCUUGUUGCCAGUCUUUGGACAUUUCCCAAUCAAUCCAGCUUAAGCAACUACAGCUCAUGCUGAUUUGGAUUGGAAAUUUAGAGUAUUGGAUGCCCAUUUUGCCAAUAAUUAAUAUUUGGUUGGUGAUUAAUUAACAAUAGCUGAUAUUAAUUUAGCUUCAUACUUUUAAGGAAUAUUCUAAUUCCUUUAUGGAGAAGAUGAUAGAGCUAAGUUAGUGAAUAUUGUCAGAUGGUAUAAAUAAGUAUCAGAACUUCCAGCUUUCUUAAAUGUAUAUAAAUAAUUAAUUUUUAGUUAUUCGGAAGAACAAGAUUUACAAAGAAACCAUUCCCUGCAUUGUAAUUUGCUGGACACCAUGGUCAUGAACAUCAUGAAAAGAAGGAAAAGAAAGAGAAAUAACCUUAAUAAUAAUAAUAAAAAUAAGAAAAACCAAAGAAAGAGGAAAAACCAUAAAAGGCUGAUGAUGAAGAUGAAGAAAAACCAAAGAAAUAAGUAUGUGAAUUUGAUACAUUACCACCAUCAACUUUCAAUAUUGAUGAUUGGAAGAGAUAAUUCUUAGCAUCAAAAGAUUAAGCUGCUGAAUUCUAACACUUCUGGAAUGUCUUUGAUUCAUAAGGAUGGUCUAUUUGGAUUGUCAAAUAUAUUAAGGCAGAAGGUGAAGGAAAAGUUCUUAUUUCCUUUAGAAACAAUUGCAAUGGAUUUUUAUAAAGAGCAGAUCCACACUUUAAGAAAUGGGCAUUUGCUAUUCAUGGUGUUUAUGGAGAUGUUCCAAAUCUUGAAAUUAGUGGUGCUUGGAUCUGGAGAGGAGUAGAUGUUCCAUAAUAUUUGGUAUUAAUUUAUUCGAAAUUUCUAGAAAGAUCAUCCAACAUUCGAGUAUCUUUAACUUACAAAGCUUGAUGCUACCAAACCAGAAGAUAGAGCUUUGUUUGAAGAAUACUGGCUUUAAUAGACUGAAGAUGAAUCAAAGGUCUAAGGAUUAACAGCAAGAGCUUUAUAUUAUUUUAGAUGAAA